CGUCAGCAGCCGAAUGGCAACAUUGUGGCGAUGCUGAGGCGCAGAGUUUAGGAGACGCGUCCCUCCGUCAGGCCGGCUCCAGGCGGUCGGGAAGAAGAAGAGGAGGAGGGGGGCGGAUAUCAGCCCCGGCGAGCCGCGGCGGCUCAGGAGCCCCGCGGGGGCGGGCCACCUACCCGCCUGCCGGGCCCCACGCAGCCCGCGCAUCCCCUCCGGAGCGCCGCAGACGCAGCACCGCGGCCUCGCUCGGGGGGCGGCCCGGGUGGGCGCGAGGCGCUGCCGCAGCGCGGGGCUUGUAAACAGAUCCGGCCGCACGUGACCAUGUGAACUACCUGCUCGCGGGACGCGUAUUGUCUUUCCCGCGAGCCGCUCCACAAAGGAGCGCGGCGGCGGCGGCGAUCGCGGAGCGACCGGCGAGCGAGCGGGGAGAGCCGGCCGGCGCGUUAAGAUGGCUGCAGGCGCCCGGCGAGGGUGAGCGGGGGGCGCGGCGCAGCCAGCCGGUGAGUCCUCGGGCGGGGAGGGCCGGCGGCGCCUUCCCCGCGGCCUGGCGCCGGAGCCACCAUGUCGUUCGCGCUCGAGGAGACGCUCGAGUCGGACUGGGUGGCCGUGCGGCCCCAUGUGUUCGACGAGCGCGAGAAGCACAAGUUCGUCUUCAUCGUAGCCUGGAACGAGAUUGAGGGCAAGUUUGCCAUAACCUGCCACAACCGGACGGCCCAGAGGCAGAGGAGCGGCACCCGGGAGCAGGCGGGGGCGCGGGCGGGCGCCGAGCCUGGCGCACCCGCGUCCGACGGGGCCCGCGGGCCGGGCAGCCCGGCGGGCAGGGGUCGGCCCGAGGCCACCGCCUCCGCGUCUCUGGGCGGGAGCCCCGGGUCCCGGAGGCGCCCGGCCUGGGCGGAGGGCGGCUCUCCUCGGAGCGCGUGCAGCCUGCGGGGGGACCCGCAGCCGCGGAGCUCGGCCGGCAGAGGGGCGGAGAGCCCUGUCCGGAGCCCGGUGCGGGCCGACUCCAGCCCGGUCCGGAGGGCACCUGGAGGCAGAGAUGUGGCGGGGGCUGCCGCCGCGGCGGUCCCGCCGGCGCCCAAGGAGGCCCCGGCGUCGGUGCGGGUAGUGAGUGCCUGCGGGACGCUCGCCGAGGAGAUCGAGGUGCUGGAGAUGGUGAGGGAGGACGAGGCGGACCCGGCGGCGCUGGCGCUCCCGGACGCGGAGCAGCCGCCGCCCGCCGCCGACCUGGAGUCCCCGGCCGAGGAGUGCAGUUGGGCCGGGCUCUUCUCCUUCCAGGAUCUGCGCGCGGUGCACCAGCAGCUGUGCUCUGUGAACUCGCAGCUGGAGCCGUGCCUGCCCCUGUUCCCCGAGGAGCCCUCGGGCAUGUGGACCGUGCUGUUCGGGGGCGCCCCAGAGAUGACCGAGCAGGAGAUCGACACGCUGUGUUACCAGCUCCAGGUUUACCUGGGCCACGGCCUGGACACCUGCGGCUGGAAGAUCCUCUCCCAGGUACUCUUCACCGAGACCGACGACCCGGAGGAGUAUUACGAAAGCCUCAGCGAGCUGCGGCAGAAGGGCUACGAAGAAGUGCUUCAGCGGGCCAGGAAGCGCAUCCAGGAGCUCUUGGAUAAGCACAAGAAUACAGAGAGCAUGGUAGAGCUUCUGGACUUAUAUCAGAUGGAGGAUGAAGCCUACAGCAGCCUUGCAGAAGCCACAACUGAACUCUAUCAGUAUUUACUACAGCCAUUCCGAGACAUGCGAGAACUUGCCAUGCUACGAAGACAGCAGAUCAAGAUUUCUAUGGAGAAUGAUUACCUGGGUCCCCGAAGAAUUGAAAGUCUACGAAAAGAAGAUGCUGAUUGGCAGCGGAAGGCUCAUAUGGCUGUACUGUCCAUUCAAGAUCUUACUGUCAAAUAUUUUGAAAUAACAGCUAAAGCUCAAAAAGCGGUGUAUGAUCGAAUGCGAGCAGAUCAGAAGAAAUUUGGUAAAGCAUCAUGGGCAGCAGCUGCUGAACGAAUGGAAAAACUCCAAUAUGCAGUUUCUAAGGAGACUCUACAGAUGAUGAGAGCUAAAGAGAUCUGUUUGGAACAGAGGAAACAUGCACUAAAAGAAGAGAUGCAGAGUUUGCAGGGCGGUACAGAAGCCAUAGCCCGAUUGGAUCAAUUAGAAGCUGAUUAUUAUGAUCUGCAACUUCAGUUGUAUGAAGUGCAGUUUGAAAUCUUGAAGUGUGAGGAGUUACUGUUGACAGCGCAGCUGGAAAGCAUCAAAAGACUUAUAUCAGAAAAGAGAGAUGAAGUGGUAUACUAUGACACUUAUGAAAGCAUGGAGGCCAUGCUGGAGAAGGAAGAGAUGGCAGCAUCUGUGCAUUUACAGAGAGAAGAGCUACAGAAACUUCAGCAGAAAGCACGCCAGCUAGAGGCAAGACGUGGACGGGUUUCAGCCAAGAAAGCAUACCUCAGAAAUAAAAAGGAAAUUUGUAUCGCAAAACACAGUGAAAAAUGCCAGCAGCGCCUUCGGAGUGAAGAUGAGUAUAGAACCCACCACUCGGCACAGCUAGUGAACAUAUGCAUACAACCAGCAUCCAGGUUGAUAAACAAUGUUAACAGAAACUUAAAGCCCCUGUGUCACCAUCUAAAAAGAGAAAAAUUACAUGAUGAGGAAGAAAGAAAAAGUGCCUGGGUUAGCCAAGAAAGACAGAGAACACUGGAUAGACUUCGAACCUUUAAACAGAGAUACCCAGGCCAGGUCAUACUUAAAUCAACCAGAUUGCGGCUGACUCAUGCAAGAAGAAGGAGUGCAGCCAGUCCUGUGUCCUCUGAAGACCAGUGUGAUGCUGUGCCAGGAGUGCUACAGGUAGAAGAGAAAAGUGAGGGAGUGGAGGAAAGGGGCAAGCUCCCGUUAUCACAGACAACAGAAGCCCAAAGCCUCACACAACUUGAAGAUAAUUCAUUAGCACAACUUGAAACCACUUCAUUACCUCUCAGUGGUGUUACCUCUGAACUGCCUCCCACUGUAUCUCUUCCGCUUUUAAAUAAUAUUGACCUUAAACCAGGUUCUGUUACAGUAGAUCCACUCCCACCACCUCUUCCUCCAACACCUCCCCCGCCACCACCUCCCCCACCUCCGCCACCGCCACCACCACCACCUCUUCCUGUCAGUAAGGAGGACGCCUCAGAGACACUGGAGAAAGCUCUGCCUGGAGUGGAGGGGGGCGAGAAGAGGAUCCCAAAGUCAGCUAGUGCCCCCUCAGCACACUUCUUUGACAGCAGCCAGCUCGUCAGCGCCAGGAAGAAGCUCAAAAAGACUGCUGAAGGUUUGCAGAGGAGGAGAGUGAGCUCACCCAUGGAUGAGGUGCUAGCUUCCUUGAAGCGCGGUAGUUUUCACCUGAGAAAGGUUGAACAGCGAACGCUGCCUCCUUUUCCUGAUGAAGAUGAUAGUAACAAUAUCUUGGCACAAAUAAGGAAGGGCGUAAAAUUGAAGAAGGUACAGAAGGAAGUCUUGAGAGAAUCCUUCACACUUCUGCCAGACACGGACCCUCUAACACGGAGCAUCCAUGAAGCUCUUAGAAGAAUCAAAGAAGCAUCCCCUGAGUCAGAGGAUGAAGAGGAGGCUUUGCCUUGCACAGACUGGGAAAACUAACAAGUGACUCAACAGAACGAGAAAAAAUACCUACAGUUGAACUUCGGCUCUUACAAAAUUGUAAACAUUUGGUUCCACAAUUGGAUUCCAUUAGAUUCAAAGUGUAUUUGCUCAGUGGUGUGAAAAAGGAAGCACGAUUGGCAAGUUUUCACUUUUCCAGUUACUCGAGUAGACGGUGGUUAACAUGAGUUUUAGAUGUGCAGUGUUCCUAACUGCAACGAAGAAAAGGCCUUCUGAAGAUUCCUGUUUUUUAAGCACCUUCCCCACCUGUCCACCCAUUUACAUCCUUGUAGUGGCCAGUAAAGCUAGGGGUCGCUAUGAGUUGGAAGAACACUGGGUUGCCAGAUCUACUGUGAGCUGCAUUGAGACUGCUUUGAAAUCCAUUGUUCAGUGCACUGAAUAGUCAUCUGCCCAAAAUACAGAGCUUCUUCCAUGUCAGCUUAAAUAGUGUGACACUCUGAAAAAGAAGUUAAUCACAAUAGCUAUAGGACAGGAAUUGGAAGAAAUCAGAUGGAAAUGCACUGAUAAUUCCACAUUACUCAUCUUCAAAGGGAUUUUCAUAAAGAUGUUUCACAAUAUCUGAAAAGAUACAUAACCAUGGAGAUACACCUAUAAAUGUGUUUACCACGUGAUGCAUUUAACAUGGCAUAUUUUUAGAAGCCCACACACUUACAGUUUGUAAGGUUUCAGAGUAAAAAUUCCAUGCUUUUAAACAGCUCUUCAUAAUUGUAAAUUUAUAAUAGUUUAAAUUUUAUGUGCAGCUUUGUUAAUGAGAAGCAAUACUUUGUAAUUUGAUAUUUCAAAUUAUUUUUAGUCUUUUUGUUUGAACUAUUGCUUGAUUACUAUAACUCAACAUGACUUUCCUAUUGAGAAUCAAAAAUCAGGAUUCAGUAGUAGGGAUGCAGAUCUUAAGUCUUUUUAACAUGCACCAUUUAAGUUUUUAUUAUGCUCCACAGUGGGGGCAAAAAAUGUGCUCUACAAACAUGCAGAAAACCCUCUUUUGCUGGCAUUUCACUGUCUCCACAUGCUUUGAGUUGAAUUUUGGGAGAGAGCCUUUGUUACCAUCACUAAAUUCUUAAACAUAUGUAUGUAGCUCUAGGUGCCGAUUUUGCUGUAAUGGUGUCCUGAAGAAUGCACGGAGCCGAUACAAAUUCUCAACAGGACUGUUGUGGGCUUGAAUGAAGGUAGAUAUGUUGGACCCAGUUAACAGUACUCUGUAGAGUGUAAUUCUGUGUAAGAUAGAUCUUGACCUUUAUAUGAAUGGCUGAUGUACCAAAAUGAACUUUAUUUCUUAUGAGGCAAUUUUCUGGCCUUGACCCAGAAAGCAGUCCUGGAGUAAAAGCCCUCCAACGUUUCUGAAUUAGUGAUUGUGAAGAAAAAAAUGCUCACACUUUUGUCACUUGAAGAUGUUAUUUCCUUUAAAAUAAUUACGGAGAAAAUUUUCUGCCAACAGGUUAUAUAAAACAAAAUCUGCUGAAAUGUUGACUUUAUGGAUGAGACUGUGAGCAUUUUCACAGUAUGUUGGCUUUACUCUAGCGUCAUUCUCACCUUGUCUGAGAACGUUAGCAGUACAGAUCUAGUAUAAUCUCAAUUUUGUGAGUAAAAUGGGGGCGGGUUGUAGAUUUUUGUAACACCUUCAGCAGCUCAUUGAAAUAUGCCUUUUAACCUAAAGAAUGAUUGAUUUGAUAUAUUUGAAAAAUAUUUUUAAAGCAAAUUUGCAAAUCUUAAAUCAUGUAUCAAUUUUAUGCCUUUGGAUGCUUAUUCAUAAGUUUUUUUUUAUUUUGUUUUUUUUUUAUUGACAUUUAGAAAAAUACAGGAGGAUCUAGUGUCACAUCAACAGCAAAAUCACUGGAACUUUAAUAUGUCCAGAGAAAAUUGCUCCCCGCUUAGUGUUACGGCUGGGAUUCCAUUAAGAGAUGAUGCUCACUUCCUAAAGGGUCCUGUAAUCUGUUUUUCCUGAGCCAUGUUGUUAUCAGUCUCUAGCAGAUAAUGCAGGGUGUUCACACCUAUAUGAGUCCUUCAGGAGCGCAUCCACAGCUGUAAGCACACCCCACCUCAGCGCUCCGGGAAGGUUAUCUUCACACUUGAAGACAGUACGUUAAAACAGAACCUCACUAGCAACCCCCAUGCUCCUUCUCUGGUAACAACUUUCUCCAGCACAUCCACUUCCCUUCCUCCAAAUUCAGGUUCCUCCUUCCACAAAGUUACAUGUUACUAUAGGUCAUUAACCUUUGGAGCUCUCACAAAUAUUAGAAUUUCAGAUAACUACAGUCCAUUUAUCCAGUUGAAUCCUCAUGUUAAUUAAAAAGCAGUUUCAGAGCCCAACAAAAAUUAUAUAAGCAUAAUUUCCUUCUUGCCCCUAAUAAAGUGAACAUCUUUGUCCUUAGUAUAAAAUUUGUAUAUAUUUAGUUAUGAUGGUACUUACAUAUGAUCAUGUUUCCAGUUCCAGAUUUGCCUGUACUACUUAUAACUGUCAGAUAUUUUAAAUCAUAUAUUUCUGUUAAUGUAUCAUUUCCAUAUCCAGAAUCCACAAAAGCUGCUUGCUUAUGCUGAAUCAAUUUAGAAGUUAGUUUACCAAUCUAGUCUCAACUGCAGUACACUUAAAAUAGGAAAAUAAGUAGAUGAUGACUUGGAUGUUUGGUGGUUAAUGUUACUGCUCACCUGAAUGUCAAUUCUGAAUAUUUCUUCUACUAAUACAACUAAAAUUAUAUAUAUAUAUAAUCAAUGUGGCCUGUAUAGAAAAGGUAUUCCUAAUGAUUUAAAAUCCUAAUGGUACUGUAGUGUAGCAGUAUGAGGAAGAAAUACCUGGCUAAAGAGUAAUUUUAAAAGGUGAGAAUUUCUCAAUGUAUAUUUUAUAGGCUUACUGGGUUUGUGAGCAGUAUAAAAACAAUCAUUCUUUAGUUCUUCAUUGUGGAACUGAUGCAUUUCUAUAAAAUGCACAGCUAGAACAGUUGAUCAGGUAUAGUAUUUCCCUAGUGAGAAUAAGGGGGCUUUUCUCAUUAUGUGAACUCACAGAAAAUUUUCUACUCUGAAGAGUGGGGGGUGGGGGGGGGAAAGCCUUGUUUCUGCAAAGCUGAACUGCAUAGUAAUGUUUGUUAACAUAUGCCAUGACCUCUCUAUGUCAUAAAAUGUGUUACAUUGUAAAGCAUACUUUGGCCAUAGCAGACACUAAGAAUUAAAGCUCUUGUAUCAGUGGAACAAAAUUUAAUGGGCAGCACCCUCUCUGUAUGGAAUGGGACCAGUGUACAGUUAUUACAGUUUAAAUUUAUACAUUCCCUAAGACUCCAUUUUUAAAUUGCGCUCAUUGUCUGUGUUUAUGAGGAAAGCCUUUUCUUUCACUACAUACAAGUUUUGUUUUGUUUUGUUUUUUUAACCUUUAUAAUUUAUUAUGUACUUAACACCAGAUACCAACUGUAAAGUGCUAAUGGGGUCCUUAAAGGCCUUAUCAGGGAGUUGGAAUUUCAUAUACUUAUACCAGGUUAUUUGUAAAAUGUCUUUUUGAACAGCUAUAAAACAUUUAAAAACUGUGGCAGAUGCAUUGCUAACAUGCAUCCAUUUGAUAGUGAAAGCAGAAAGCUGAACAAGUUGUACCUAAUUCUUGCACUGAAUUUAAAUAAUAUAAAGUUAAAUGUGCAUUUUAAAUAGAUUUUACUUCCCAUUUAUUGCUUAGCAUAGAAGAACAACUAUGCUUAGUGUUAGCGGAUUGACCACAAGGUUGAUUUUAGAUGGAAGAGAGGUAAGAAAGUAGAAGCACCUUACUAUUGGAGCAUGUUGCAUUUAUUUACUGCUACUGAAAAAUUCAGUAGUUAUUUCUGAACUUUGCUGCAAAGUGCUCUUUAUUUAAAGCACAUUAAAAAAGGCUCUGCUUAAUUGCUUUGUAAAAUGAAGCAGUGGUAUUUUUUAUCCUAUAAAUAUAGUCUAAUUUAAAAAAUUUUUCCUACAAAAUGAGUUUAUGUUGCUGUCUAAACUAUCAUCUAUGUAAAGGAUUUUUAAAGGUGAGAAGGAGUCUGGAUUCUGUGUAUGUGUGCGUGUGUCUGUUUUAAAUGUUUGCCCAUUGAAUUAUUUCAAAGAUAUGUUCUAAAAUUUUCUGUUUUACCCACAGUAAAUGUACAGCUUGGUAUUUGAGGGAUUUAAUUGAUUGAAAUCCAAAUUCAUUAAGUGUCUCUCCCUUUCUCCAAACACAUUUAUUAUGCCACUGUAAGGUGCGUGUACAAAAAAUACCUCUGAGGCUGAUAUAUUAAGUAUUUUAUCAAUGUUGUACUGAAUCUCAAAGCAGUCAUUUGUUUUGAGGGUUAAGAGAAAGUUUUGGGUUUUUUAGUCAGGUAUGACUAAGAGAGGCUCCAAUUGGUGAGUUAAGGAAAGUCUGUGGAAAGUGAUUUGAGAUGUAUACAAAAGUUAUGGGUGUUGGUUAAAGGGUUCAGUUUUAACAAGGGAAGUUUUUGGUUUUUGUUUUUUAAAUUUGCAUGUUCUAUGCUUAACUAUCAAGGAGUGCAACAAGUUAUUCCAGCUUUCCCCAGUACUAAUCACAAGAUGUCACUUUCCCUUCACUUGUGACCAAAGAAGGGUAGACAGUACAACCCAUGCAAGUGACUUCUGACUUCGACUUGGACAGAAACCCCACUGCUCCAUUGAGUUUCUUACUGUACUGUGUGUCCUGCCAAGUGUGAAACCAUAAUAUAUAAUUUAUGAAAAAUCGAAGGCUACAGAUCCUUUUGCAUGAAUAAAAGCCCAUUAGGAUGAAUGAAACUGACAUGUUUUUUAGCCUUUCUGGUUAAAUGAAAAUUUUAAUGGCAAACCAAUUCACCACUUACUAGCUUUGUGCAAUAUUAUAAUGGUAGAAGCAAAACACUAGCACAUUGUGCUUGGCUUUUCAGGAUGGCUCUAACACCAUUACACUAAAUGGACAGUGUGUGAUAUGUAUUGUAAAUGGCAACUCUUGCAAAUUUACAAUACUUAGAUAUGCUCAAUUAACAUUCUAAAGUAUUAAAGUACAAAGGAAAACUAAGCAAGCAUUUAGAGCAAUACUAUGAAAGCUCCAGUAAUUGUUUUGACUGUUGCCUUUUGCUCUUUAGUGCAACUUUCUGCAUUGUAAUUACUGUAUUGCUUUGUAUUUCAUGUUUUUUACACCCAUGACUUCAGAGUUAAGUACUUGUACACCAAGUAUUGCAAUCACCUUUCUCUUCUUGUACAUGCAGUGUAACAACAUACAGUUUUGGUGCUUAACGAUAUUCCUUUUCUUUAAUAAAAGAUAUUUAUUGA